AUGGAUGACCCUUCGAGCCGUGAGUCUAACAAUGCACCAGCCGACGAGCCACAGCGUGCGCCAAACACUCCAGCCCCCGCCAUGUCGUCGGACUUGCCCUCCUACAUACCGUCGCUACCUCAAGGUCACGAGCUUCCAUUUGUGCGGCCAUCAUCGUAUCUCAGACCCAAACUUCGGAGUCGUACAACGCCUGUUCCCACGACGCCAAUGAGUCCCAUUGAUGAAGAACAGUUGCAAGGCCUAAAAGGCUUGCGCAACUUUCUUCGAGUUAGAACUAGCUACGACGUGCUCCCGUUAUCUUUCCGCCUCAUCGUACUCGACAAUGACCUACUAAUCAAAAAGAGCUUGGAUAUUUUGAUCCAGAAUGGAAUCGUGUCCGCGCCUCUUUGGGAUUCGCAGCAGUCCAGAUUCGCCGGUCUACUUACCGCAACCGAUUAUAUAAAUCUGAUACAAUAUUACUGCCAAUUCCCUGAACAUAUCGAUGAUGUAGAGAAGUUUAGAUUGAGCAGCCUCCGCGACAUCGAAAAAGCAAUUGGCGUGCUUCCGCUAGAGACGGUGUCCGUCCAUCCGUCGAAGCCACUCUACGAAGCAUGCAGUCGUAUGCUUAAGAGCCGCGCUCGUCGUAUUCCUCUCGUCGAUAUCGACCACGAAACCGAGAGGGAGACGGUAGUGAGCGUGAUUACGCAGUACCGAAUACUCAAGUUUAUCGCCGUCAACACGGAACAGCAUACUAUGCUUCUCAAGCAGACGGUACGAGAGAUCGGGCUAGGAACAUAUAGCAAUCUCGCGACGGCUAAGAUGACGGACUCGGUCCUGGAGGUGAUCAAUUUGAUGGUGGUGCAUAACAUAUCUGCUGUGCCUAUUAUUGAUAAAAACAACGUUGUACUCAACGUGUUCGAGGCCGUCGAUGUUAUACCUUGUAUCAAAGGAGGCGCAUAUGACGAGUUAAAAUCAACAGUAGGAGAAGCGUUGACAAAGAGACCGGAAGAUUUCCAAGGUAUCUAUACUUGCCAAGAGGAUGACAGGCUUGAUUCGAUAUUCGUUACGCUACGCCAGUCUCGAGUCCAUAGGCUAGUAGUCAUUGAUGACAAUUGGCAUUUGAAGGGCAUUAUCUCGCUGUCCGACAUCCUUAAGUACGUUUUAUUUACUGGCGUUACUAGCGAUGAGGGCGAAUAUUUCCCACCGCCGCGUAACAAGUCGAUGAUAACUCGACGCUUUUUGUAA